ACCACUGAUGAAAACCUUCAUCAUGCUUUCGCUCCCUACGGUGAUAUCCUGUCUGCCAGAGUCGAAUGCGACUGUACUACUCUUCACUCGCGCGGUAUCAGUUUCGUCACCUACAGAACCGAGGAGACUGCUCCCGCUGCUAUUGAAAGCAUGGACGAAGCAGAAUUAGAUGGUUCUCAUGUGAAGGUU